AUGCUGUGCGCAAUCUCGGGAGAGGCGCCCCAGAUUCCGGUGGCCUCACGCAAGAGUGGUAAUGUCUACGAAAAGCGCCUGAUCGAAGCGUAUAUCAGCGAGAAUGGCACAGAGCCCACAACUGGAGAGAGCCUGUCCGUCGAAGACCUUAUCGACCUCAAGAGUCCCAAUGUCGUCUAUCCACGACCUCCACAGAUGACCUCCAUUCCUGCUAUGCUCUCCUUCUUCCAGAACGAAUGGGACGCUUUGGCGCUUCAGACCUACACUUUACAACAGAAUCUUCACCAGGCUCGGCAAGAGCUUAGUACUGCGCUGUAUGAAAAUGAUGCGGCGGUACGGGUCAUUGCACAGCUUACAAAAGAGAGGGAUGAGGCACGAGCAACAUUGGCACAGAUAAAUAUCAGUGGUGCGGCCCAAGCCAGCACGAAUGGUGAUGCCAUGCAAGUGGACAGCGCCCCAUUACCACAACAUGUCGUGGAGAAGAUCGAAAACGUACAACAGAGUUUGUCGAAGACCCGGCGAAAACGACCAGUGCCAGAAGAAUGGGCCACCUCAGACUCAAUAUCAGCUUACACGUCGAGGUCAACCUCGAAACCAUUGUUUCCUGGUGGACGGGUGCUCGCCGUGCACGAGAAAGGAGAUCUGGUCCUAGUCGCAGGCACCAAAGCGGGAGUCUACUCGCUGUCAGAGAACACGGUAUCAUAUACGCUUGACUUCAACCAAGGAGAGGCCACAAAUGGUCUCUGGGCUCAUGACAGGGCGGUUGUUGCAACGUCAGCAGGUGCAGUCAAGGUGUUUGAAGGGGACCGAGAAGUCUCGUCCUUCUCAAUCCACGCGGGACCGGCCAACGGAGUGGCUUUACAUCCCAGUGGCACCAUUCUGGCUUCAGUCGGGGAAGACAAGACGUAUAUUCUCUAUGACCUUGAAUCCAGCCGUGUCCUCACCCAGGUCCCGAGUAACUCAGGUUUACGCUGUGCUCAAUUCCACCCUGACGGACACUUGUUGGCGGCUGGUGGCGUCGAUGGGCAAAUCAAGAUAUUCGAUGUGAAGUCGGGUGCGGAAGCGGCGACGUUUGAUCUUGGAGGCCCAGUGCGAUGUAUCUUCUUCUCCGAAAACGGCAUAUGGUUGGCGGGCGUGACAGAGAAGUCGUCGACAAUCUCCAUCUGGGACCUGAGGAAAGCGACCGAAAUCACGACCAUUGAGACGGGCAGCCAGAUCGAAUCCAUCAGCUGGGACUACACUGGGCAAUUCUUGGGGGUGGCAGGACAAGACGGAGUUACAGUGGAACAUUAUUCCAAGGCAUCAAAGGAAUGGUCAGAGAUUCUGAAGCGAGGGACCCCGGCGACACGAAUCGCAUGGGGUCAAGAUGCUCAGAGACUAAUCACCCUCAAUGAGGAAGGGGUGAUCACGACCCUGGCGGCUGCAACAGAGGGAUAG